AUUUGGGAUGAAAUCUGGUCGGAUCUUGCUUUGUGGGAUGGGGAUUUUGGUGGGUCUUAUUUCUUCAAUACAAAGCUCUUAGCUUCUUCUUCUUCUUUUUCCCAUCCUAUCCCAUCUUCCUCCCAUAAACACAAAAGCCAUUCCUUUCUUCCAUUUCCAAAGGGAAAAGAAGAAAAACCGUUUUUUUUAACACACCCACUUUCCCAUUUCUUCAUCACAUCCUCUAAUUUAGAUCAAAGGUUCCAACUUUAAUCUUUGCAUAACCCUGAAUUGGGAAGAAGCAUAAUGGGGAUGGCUGCUGCAGCUGCUACAGAGUCACAGCAGUUUCAUGUGUUGGCUGUUGAUGACAGCCUCAUAGAUAGGAAGCUUAUUGAGAGGCUCCUAAGAACUUCUUCUUACCAAGUUACUACAGUUGAUUCUGGGACCAAAGCUUUAGAAUUUCUGGGCUUGCGUGAGAAUGAUGAUGGCACCCCAAAUACACCUUCUAUUUCUCCUAACAAUCAUCAGGAGGUGGAGGUGAAUAUGGUUAUAACAGAUUACUGUAUGCCUGGGAUGACCGGCUAUGAUUUGCUCAAGAAAAUCAAGGAAUCUUCAUCUCUUAGAAACAUACCAGUGGUGAUUAUGUCAUCUGAGAAUGUGCCUUCAAGAAUUAGCAGAUGCUUGGAGGAAGGAGCUGAAGAAUUUUUCUUGAAGCCAGUGAGGCUUUCAGAUUUGAAUAGGCUCAAACCACAUAUAAUGAAGAGGAGCAAGUUGAAAGAUCAAGAUCAAAAGCAAGUGAUACCAGAAAAGAUUGAUACUUUAUUAGAAGUUCAAAAGCAGCAUCAACCACAAGAAGAAGCACAGCCACAAGUGCAACCAAAUUUAGAACAACAACAACAACAACAAUCACUGCAACAAAACAACAACAAUAACAAUAACAGCAGCAACAAGAGGAAGAGCAUGGAGCAGAGCCUUUCACCAGAGACCACUGACAGAACUAGACCAAGAUACAGUGGCAUAGCCACUGUGGUAUGAUCAUAAAUAAUCAUUUUCAUUGCCUACCAAAGUAUAAUUUUCUUGAGUUUCACAAUGUAAUUCUCUCUCAUAUAACUUCCUUUUUCUUUUUCUCUUAUUUUUUUCACAUUAUGAUUAACUUCAGUGUUGGUUGAUAUAGAUCCUUAUAGGAGUGUAGAAAGUUGUUUCCUGUACACAUUUCAUGGAAAAUAUUCCCUUCCAAUUUUGUUUUCAUAUAUUAAAAGGAAAAAAAAAGAUCAUAUGAAGAGUAAGAAAUCAGAUGA